AUGAAAAAAUUUGCUGGUAUACCGAUGGAAUCGACGGUGCCGAUUAGAGUAGACCAAGAGACAUCUGGGAGCCCUCAACGACCGGUGACAUUUCCUAGCGAGUCAGAAGGAUCAUCACAUACGAAUCACUCGGGAAUAAUUGGUAAUGGUAUAUUCCCUUAUCCCCAGAUUCGUGAAGAUAUGAUUAGGUCCACCGAAGUAAUUACCACUCCCCCUCCAAAGGCCCACAUGAAUAACUUAGUAAACGAGCUCCCAUAUGGGUGCUUUGGGCCCUUCCCUUCCCCCAAUAUUGAUGGAUCAUCAUACACCCCAGCCCAAAAACAAACCAUCCCCGGGUCAUUAGGCAAACGAAAACGAUAUGAUAUUUCCGGGUCGAACUUCUCCCUUAACUCAAUAUCCCAGAUGAUAGAUCUAACGGAAACAGAGCACACUUCUCCUUCAGCCAUGGCGUCCCAAGAAAGGAAUAUUGUUGGAAUUGACCAUGUCCCCACCAACAUCGAUCUUAAUAAAAACCCCUGUGGCUCUCCACAAAGGCUCACCUUCGUGCUCCAUGUCUCUUUCUGUGGAAGUGGAUAA